AUUUAUUUCAAUUUCAUCUAGGCAGUUAAAGUUAACAGAAAUCCUAACGAAAAUCUUCUUAAACCUUAGUACUCUAACUAUGUUUCUUUUAAUCUUUUAGUCCUUAAAUUUAUAUUCAUAAUAAAAAUAGUUUUUAUUCUUAUUUUGCUAAAUGUGUUUUUCAGAAAAUUGUUUUACAGAGUAGACUGCUUUCAGUCCACCCUGUCAGUAAAACCAAUUUUGGGGGGGAAGAGGCUGCUGAACUUUAAUGAUAAUCUUGUCAGUGAACAUUAGAGGCUUGGGGGGUGAGGGCAAGAAGAGAGGCAUUAGAGAGCUAGUUGAAAAAGAAAAAGUGGAGUUUUUGUCAAUUCAAGAAUCAAAGCUAGAAGAGGUAGAUUAUCAGACAUGCAGGAACAUUUGGGGAGGAGAUAAUUUUGAUUGGGUAUCAAAACCUUCUAGAGGAUCGGCGGGAGGGCUUAUAUGCAUUUGGAAUUGUGAUAUAAUGUCAAAAGAAAGAGUAAUUGAAGGUGAGAGCUUUGUGGGGAUAUAUGGAACCUGGGGAGCCUCUAAAAUCCCGGUACACAUUCUUAACAUCUAUGCACCCUGUGAUAUGUCGGGUAAAAGAUCUUUGUGGGUUAGUAUUCAAGAAUUGAUGAUAGAAGCAUGUGGCAACUGGUGUUUGAUGGGUGACUUUAAUGCCAUCAGAAGUGAGCAAGAACGGAAGGGUGGGAGAGCAAAUAGGAGGGAAAUGACAGAGUUUGAUGAGUUCAUUAGAUCGUGUGGCCUCAUCGACCUCCCCUUAAUUGACAGAAAGUUUACAUGGUAUCAUUCAAAUGGAUCUGUUAUGAGCAGGUUAGACAGAUUUCUGUUGUCAGAAAAUUGGUGCCACAAUUGGGGCGAUGCCAAACAAUGGGGGCUGAAGAGAACAAUGUCAGACCAUUGCCCAAUUUUGUUAAAGAACCAAAUAAUUGACUGGGGCCCUAAACCUUUCCGUUUCUUCGAUGUGUGGUUUGAUUCUCCUGGACUCAAAGAGCUAGUGAGGGAGACAUGGAAAUCAACAGUGAUACCGGGAUGGCAUGGAUACCGAUUUAAAGAGAAGAUGAAGGAAACGAAGAAAGUUUUGAAGGAAUGGAGCAAAACAAUGGUGUCGGAGAUGGAUCUCACCAUUAAGAAUUGCAAAGAAACCAUUGCGGAUAUUGAUAUCAAAGGGGAGACAGCGGUUUUGAAUGAUGAGGAUGUACAACUAAGAAGGAGCAGUUUUCUGGAACUCUGGAAACAACAGAAAUUGAAGGAGAGUAUGUGGCGUCAAAAAGCAAGGACAACAUGGAUCAAAGACGGAGAUGCUAAUACGAAAUUCUUCCACAGGUGUGUUAAGGGAAGAAGGAGACGGAAUGACAUUGUUAGCUUACAAGUGGGAGACAAACACAUGGAACAUGUGCAAGAGAUCAAGGAAGGUGUGGCGAACUACUUCGACAUGUUGUUCUUUGAGGAUAGAUGGCAACGACCUCAUCUCGACGGAAUUGAUUUCAAAAAGAUAUCAGCAGAAGACAAUUCCUUUUUGCUUGCCCCCUUCAAUGAAGAAGAAGUCAAAAGGGCAGUAUGGAGCUGUGGAUGUUCUAAAGCACCAGGGCCAGAUGGUUUCAACUUCAAAUUCAUCCGUGAAAUGUGGGACACGAUCAAAGAUGACAUGAUGGGCUAUGUUGAGGAUUUUCACAAUAAUGGGAAAUUGGUUAGAGGAGCGAACAGCUCCUUUAUUGUGUUGAUACCCAAGGUUAUGAACCCCCAGAAAAUCGAAGAGUUCAGACCCAUUUCUUUAAUCGGCGUCAUGUAUAAGGUGAUUGCUAAGCUCCUCGCAAACAGAAUUGGCUCGGUUCUGGAUGGUAUUAUUGGAGAAAACCAAAUGGCCUUCAUUAAAGGUAGACAAAUGGUUGAUAGUAUCGUAAUAGCUAAUGAAACAAUUGAUGAAGCGAAGAGGAAGAAGAAAGCUAGUUUCCUAUUCAAAAUAGACUUCGAGAAGGCGUACGACAAGGUCUGUUGGGAAUUUCUUGAUUACAUGAUGGCAAGGAUGGGGUUCGAAUCUAAAUGGCGACGGUGGAUCAGUGAAUGCUUGAAGACGGCAGAGGCGUCGAUCUUACUCAAUGGUAGCACAACCAGACAAGUCAAAAUUAACAAAGGUCUCAGACAAGGCGAUCCACUCUCACCUUAUCUGUUUUUGUUGGUUGCGGAAGGCCUCAAUGGCAUUAUCUCAUCAGCAAUCAACCAUGGUUUGUUUGACGGAAUUGAUAUAGGCAGUAGAGGUUUGAAAAUGUCCCAUCUGCAAUUUGCGGACGACUCAAUCCUAUUUGGGAAAGCCGUGGAGGACAACAUAUGGGCAGCAAAGAGCAUAAUGAGAAUCUUUGAGUUGGUUUCGGGGCUGAAGAUUAAUUUCAGGAAAAGCCAACUUAUAGGAAUAAAUGUUUCAGAGGGAUGGAUGUCAAAAAUGACCCACAUAUUGAAUUGCAAGCAAGGAGAGCUUCCAUGCAGAUAUUUGGGGGUUCCAAUAGGCGGCAGUGGGAAGAAGAUUUCUAUGUGGAAACCACUGAUCGAAUCUUUUGAGAAAAAAUUAAGCAAUUGGAAAAGCCGGCUCCUCUCUCUGGGCGGAAGGAUUACACUCCUCAAUGCAGUACUGUCCAGCCUCCCAGUUUAUACCAUGUCUGUACACCUACUUCCUAAAGGUUUGAUUCUCUCCCUAGAUAAAAUCCGCAGGAGCUUCCUAUGGGGGGGUGGAGGGAGUAAAAGAAAAAUCAACUGGGUCUCAUGGGACAAAGUUUGUAGCAGCAAGAUGAAGGGUGGGCUAGGGGUCAAAGAUCUUAGAAAAUUUAAUUUAGCAUUGUUGGGUAAGUGGUGGGGCAGACUUGCAAGUGGGGAAGAGAGCCUAUUUUACAAAACUAUCCAGCACAAGUACGGUUGUUUGGAGGGUAGAUGGAGGGAAUGGGUGCAGGCGGAUGAUCAAAGGGGAUCUCUAUGGUGGAGAAACCUAUGUAGGAUUGAUGUUAUGGAUCCAAACAGCAGAGGAUGGCUAACAGGGGGCUUUAAAUUGAAGCUUGGAGAUGGGCAGUCUGUCAACUUUUGGAAGGAUGUGUGGACAGGAGAUCAAUCCCUCGCCAACAGAUUUCCUCGUUUAUACCUUGCCUCCACUGAUAAAGACAUGAGAAUCUCUCAAAUGGGAUGUUGGAGGGAAGACUCCUGGCAGUGGACACUUAAUUGGAGACGAUCGUUACACGAAUGGGAGAAAGAAAACCUCACCGAGAUGCUGGGGCUAAUCAACAAAUAUCACCCAUUCAAAGACCAAAAAGACAGCUGGGAGUGGAAUCACAACAAAGAAGGAGAAUACUCAGUCAAAACAGCUUACGAUCUACUAUCCAAUAUCAAUGACACCAGCAGUAUUCAGAUGCAUAAAAGGACAUGGAGCAAACUCAUCCCCACAAAAAUCAGUGCAUUUGGUUGGCAAGCCCUGCAGAAUAGAAUACCCACAAAGCUCAAUCUAUACCAGAGGGGAAUUGUCCAUGAUAAUAGCCUGAAGUGCGGUUUGUGCGGUGACGACAUUGAAGAUACCAACCAUCUAUUUAUUCAUUGUAGAGUGGCUCACUCAGUAAGAAGCAAAUGUACAAAAUGGUGGAGGUUUCUCACGGCUCACCCGAGAACUUGCCAAGAAGACUUCGAGCAGCACAGGCCCCCCAUAAAAGACUCAUCAGUUCAAGCUGGAUGGGAUGUGGUAUGGUUCUCCACCUUAUGGUCUCUUUGGUUGGCUAGAAAUAGAAAAAUCUUUAAAAAUCAAGCAUAUGAAGAGGAUAGAAUUUUUGAACUAGUACAGCUUAGAGCCUUUAGUUGGAUUAAGAGCAGGUCAAUAGGUUACUCCUUUAAUUUCUACGAAUGGUUGGUUGAACCGGUGUUAUGCCUUAAGGCCAAACGUAGUUUUCAGUAGCUUGUUUUAAUUUAAUGUGGAUUCCUGGCAUGUUCCACCGAGCAGCUAUUUGACUUUGGCCAUUUUAUUAUGCUGGUUCUGUUUUGACUAGGCGAAGUCAGUGGAUGCUCAGUGUCUGCAUCUUUUGUACACGGGUAGGAGUACCCCUUGUACUCCAUUUAAUCAAUUUAUCUCCUUUGC